AUGGUACAAACAGUAGUCGAAUUCAUUAAAACCGCCUCGUCAGUACUCCCAGAGUUUGAUGGGAAGCCAGAAAACUUACACAGCUUCUUAGAUGCCCUCGACAUACUUGAUCAAAUCAAGGAUGAGCACGAACUUUUAGCAAUAACAAUGAUAAAGACCAAGCUAAAAGGAACGGCAAGGAACUUCAUCAGUAAUGAAAACACGAUUGGACAAAUAAAAACAAAACUCAAAAACGCGAUAAAAGGUGAAUCGGUAGAGGUUUUAACCGCUAAACUUCUAAACGUUCAACAACGUAAUAAAACUGCUAACCAAUACACAGCGGAAAUAGAAAAAAUUACCAGAUCACUAGAAGGAGCAUAUAUCUCGGAUGGAUUAAACCCAGACUUAGCAACGAGAUAUUCUACACAGGCAGCCGUUAAGGCAAUGUGUAAAAACAGCUCCAACAAUAAUGUUAAAAUGAUAAUGCAAGCGGGAACGUUCACAACAAUGAACGAUGCGAUCUCUAAGUUCACCAAUAGCUGUACCGAAAUAACAGGCAGCUCGAAUACAAUUUUGAACGUACGACAACAGAGUCAGUACAGGAACAAUUUCCGGGGAGGAUACCGAAGUAACAACUAUGGAAAUUACCAAAAUCGGAGAUUCAGACCACAACCGAGAUACAGCAAUAACUCGAGGUCGUACAGCAAUAAUAAUAAUAACCGAAGAGGAUCACAAGCCCAAAACGUCAAUAGAUCCUACAACCAGACCCGCAAUGUGCGCAGCUGCACCCAGACGGAAAACCAGGAAGCUCCACUUCAAAAUUAA